AUGUUGGUUGAGCGCAAAGUCAAGGUCGUUACUGAGCAGAAUGUCAUCGACAAGCCUUCGCCAGUCGAACAAUUCCCUAUGCGGGAAUGGAGCAUGAAGGUUUUCAUGGUAGACGAGGAUGGCAACGAGCGCUCCGCGGAUGUUUUCACCAAGGUUGUCUACAACUUGCACCCCACAUUCGAGAAUCCUGUUCAGAGCUUCACCAAAGCCCCAUUUACGUGCAAGAACGAGGGUUGGGGCGAGUUCGAGAUCUCGAUCGAUUGUUACACCACGGAGAAAACGAAGCUAGCGCCCAUCAUUCAGGAUCUCAACUUCCAGCAGAACAAGUAUGAGCAAACACACACUGUGGUUUUCAAGAACCCCUCCCAGAGCUUACAGGAGCGCCUUCGCGAAACUGGCCCUCUCCCUACCGACGACGACCAUCGUCCCAAGAAGAAGGGGCUCGCGACCAAGAAGAGCGCUCAAAAAUACGACUAUGAGAAGAUUGCCGAAUCGCUGGAAAAGCUCGAGGAGGAGGAUCUUCUCCGUGUCAUUCAGAUCAUAAACGAGAACAAGGGACCAGACACUUACAUAAGAAGUGAUGUUGAAGUGGAUGACUUGGUUAAAGCCGGAGAAUUCUCCAUCGAUCUCUACACCAUGCCCGAUAGUCUCACCUCAAAGCUUUGGGAUCACCUUUCUAAGAAGGGUCUUGUCAGCUAG